AUGAGCAGCAGAAGGCGGCUUCUGAUGAGAAACUGGUCAAAGGGCUGCUCCAGCUUCUGUGGACAAGUUACUCAGAUUAGUGAAGGAGGUCGGAUCCCACAGCUGGUCUGCAGUUUCCCUUCACUUCAAAGUGAGAGGCUUCAUUUUGUGGAUGUUCUUUUGACUCUUUCUGUUCUCACAGUUCUCACAGUAUCUGUUGAUGUGCAUCAGGGUCAGAGGUCGCACAAUGAGUGUCAGCAGAGGUGGCAGCAGGUGAAGAACCAAGAGUUGGUCAAAGGUCCAUGGACACAGGAAGAGGAUGAGAGGGUCAUCGAGCUGGUUCAGAGGUUCGGCGUGAAGCGCUGGUCUAUCAUUGCCCAACACCUGCACAGCCGUAAUGGGAAGCAGUGCCGCGAGCGCUGGCACAACCACCUGAACCCGACGGUGAAGAAGAGCAGGUGGACCCCGGAGGAGGACCGCAUCAUCUGCCACGCUCACAGGAUGCUGGGAAACCGCUGGGCCAACAUCUCCAAACUGCUGCCGGGGAGGACAGAUAACGCCAUCAAAAACCACUGGAACUCCACCCUGAAGAGGAAGGUGGACCAGGAAGGACAUCUGCUUCAGCGGCACCUCCACAACUCCUCCAGCACCUCCUCCUCCACAGCGGCGACUCACUGGAGCCACAACACCGAUGGCAUUAGCACUAAGGUCAGAGGUCAGACCUUCAGUAGAGCCUGAUGGCGGUCCAGAUGCUGACCAUGCCCUCUGAUCCAGCAGAACACAACACACUCCUGGAUCCACCCACAAGAAGUGACCUCACCUGUAACAGAGCAGCCAAUGAGAGCGUCUGUCUGUGUGGAUGCCCACCUGAGCAGUAGCUUUGUAAGAUGCACACAUAACAGUGGACACAUGUCUUCCAGCUCUAAUGCUGCACUUCCUGUUGUCAAUAAACAGCUGCCGUGUCCCUCAUUAGGAGUUUGUUAACGGGUCUACCUCUGGACUGGUCUGGUCCACAUGGUCUGGAUGGACCCAGCUGGAUCCUGCUGU